AUGAUUGUUCCUCGCGUACCGCCUCGUUCGUCGGCGGUGGCGGCGGCGGCGGCUCGCGGUACUGCCACCGCCACCGCCGCCACCGUCACCACCACCAACGCCGCGACCGACCGACGCCAACCGCACCGAUCCGUUGGAACCGACGGCACUGAACAGACCGAACGGACACUCGUACAGACGCGUCGUCCACUGUCGCACACGCGCCGUUUUCAUUUCGAUACUGUUCCGGCGCCGUCGACGUCGCUACUUCCGUCUGCUGAACAACAAUCACACGCCGACAAAAUGGUCCAUCUCGUCGUCGACUUCGUAAGUACCGCCGGCGACGGCUUUACACGUGGUAUUAUUCAAUUACUGUUUGUUUCCGAACAAUAAUGAAAUGAAAUAUGUUCUCGCCUCCGCCACCGCCGUGGCGAAGAUAGCGAUUGCCGUCGUUUGCGAGUAAUUAUUAUUGUUGUUCUUUUUUUUAUUUUUUUUUCCUCGCUCCUUCUGCGUUUCGGUAUUUUGCGCACAAUUCAUCGUGAUCGUUAUAAUUGUGUACCGUUCGCCACAAGGUCGACGUCGUCGUUAUGUAACGGCGCGCACGGCGAUCGCCCCGACUUCUGGUCGGGUCGGUUCCCCUCCCCCCUCCCCUCCGGGGCGACGUGUCGUGAAGGACUUCCGUUCGAUUCGGCCUCGGCCGUUGUCACAUCGACGCUUGUGGCGGCGGGGACCCAUAACGAUUUCGGAGGGGUUUUUUUUUUUUUUUUUCUGCUACGGUCGAUUUCGAAAGUUCUCACGCUCGCCCAUCGCGCCGGUUACCACCACUACCACUACUACCGCCACCACUGCCGGGGUAAUUUGCGCGUGAAUCCAAUGUCCGCGGGCGUACAAGUGCGUUUUAUCGCGCGGCGACGACGCUCUUAUCAGCCGUGCGGCCGUCCUGUCCGCGGACAAUGGCCGUAGCGGUGGUGUUCGACGGCGUGACCGUGUUUGGUCGUUGAGUCACCGCCGGCCGCGAACGCCCGCGGGUGUUGUGUGAGUCGCGACCGCGAUCCGACGUCACUCGGUUGGUAGGGAAAUGAGAAAAAAAUAAAAUAAAAAAAGCCGCCGAAUUUUUAUAUUCAACCGUCGGGACGUAACGCGACCGGCCGUAAUUUUCAACCCGAACGAAGCCUCUCCCGCGCUCUCUUACCUUGUACUCGUUAUCUCGGGAACAACAACAACAAUAAUAAUAAUAAUAAUUAUUGUCUCGUCGUUCGGUCGGCACGGUAAAGAGUCCCGUGCCGAUUAUUCUCCACUCGAUCGUUCCGCAGCUUUGUGUUUUUUUUUCUCUCGUCAUUAUUAUACCUGCAAUAAAAUAAUAAUUGUACGAACGCGAUAAAGCGAACGGUCGGCCAAUGAAUUGCUAAUUAGUUGUUUUUUUUUCACACGCGAAUUAGAAUAAUUUUAAAACGCCAGGGGUUAUAACUCGUUUCGACAUUGAAAUACCUACCGUACAAUAAAUACGUAAUCAUAAUGUACGGUAUAAAACGAGUAGUAAAAAAAUAAUUUUUCAUUUUCAACCAGACGUUCGGUUUAUCGACGUACCAAUCUUAGGCAUCAAUAUAAAUCGGGAUACGUACAAAUGUUACGCGGUUUUAAUACUUGCAAUAAUUGUUUUACGGGGAAAAAUGUAAAUGGUCAAGUAUUUCGACUUUGUGAUCUUAAACGACUGUCUAAAUUUUAUGCCACUGAAUCAAAUGUCGCAUUUAGUACCAUGGACAAGAUAUUAUAAAGAUGUAUAUUUAUAUAUUUGUAAAUAUUACAUGACUAUAAUAAUUAUCGUUUAUUAAAUGGAUUACCAAAAAUUGAACUUAAUUAAUAAUUGUUAAAUAUAGAUAAAAUUUUCUUAUUUGCUAUAAUAAUAAUUAUUUAUUAAACGUAUUACCAAAGAUUGAACCUAAUUAAUAUUAAAUAUAGAUAAGAUUUUCUUAUCAUUAGUUUACUUAUUUUCCUUACGAUAAUCAUAACCCAUAAUGUCACCAGUUUUUAAUAAUUAAUAUAAUUGUAUAUUAGUAAUUUAAAUGUUUAAAAUUUUUGUUCAAUUUUUUUUUUUCCUCUUGUUUUUUUCACCAUAUAGAAUAUAAUAUAAUUGGUACUUACCUAGUCUCAAGAACAGCAAACUACCGCAUCAAAAAAUAAUGCAUUGAACUGAUGUUUAAGUUACCAAUAUCCUUUUUUUUGUUUUAUAUUACAGAAUUCUGAUGCCUACAAUUAUUAUUAAACUAUAAAAUAAAUUCCCUUGUACCAUUAUUAUUAUAACAUACGAUAAUUACCUAUUGAUUUCAAUAUUCUCAUAAUGAUAGAUGUAUUGACUAUUGAGUCACGGCUUGUAGAUUAUUUUUAAUAAUUAUCAGAAUAUUUUAAUUUCGCUUUCUUUAUUAUAAUUAUUUAUCUUUUAUUAUUACAUGACUUGUUUGAAUAAUAUUUCUAAGAAUGCAAGUAAUAAUGAUCUUUUAUAAUACAACUUAUACAUUUUAUUUCCAUUGUGGCAAAAAAUAAUAUUCAUUUUGAACAAUAUUAGGUAUCUGCGUAAUACUACUAUUGAUAAGGUCAUUAAUUCAUUGAGCACAAUUUGAAAAAAAAUUAUUUAAUUAAAACAUGAUUUUCAGGUUUACUGUUUUACUUUGUUAAAUAAAGAUAUGUCUUUUAAAUAUUUAUUUAAAUUUAACUAUACUGUAUAUUUUGAUGACUUAUUUUUUCCUUCCCCCUCCCCCCAUUCCACUAUAGAAAUAGUGUACAUUUUACUCACUUUUUAAGUUUGAAUAUAUCGCUAGUAAUUUAGCACUAUUAAGUAUAAACAAAUAUAUAAUGUUAUUAUAAUAGAUUGAUUCAAUAAGUCUAUAAGAAUAAAACUUCGAAUACUUAUUACUAACAAUUCACAUACCUAUUGUUGUUUACAAAAUGAAAAUAACUGUUGUACGAUUAUCUUAUUAAUGAUAAUAUUAUGGUGGGGUUAGUUUCAUGUAUAUGUAAACAAAGCAUUUGCCGAAGGGCGAUCAUUUAUAAAUUAAUAGACAAUAGUUAUUCAAAAAAUAAGGUAAAUGUUAGAUUUUUUAUCUAAUACGUCGAGUAUUCUCAGGUUAAAUGUUAUUGCACAAGAAAUCGUCAAAUAUCAAAGUAAUAUUUUCAAUCUAAUUUUCUAAAUUUAAUUACCGACCUAGAUGCAUCUAUUUACAUGGUUAUACAAAUAUUUGAUUUGAUUAUUAAAAAUUUAUCUGUGUACGAUACUAAUUGGUAUUCAUCAAUGUACUAUAAUGACAUGUUCUGUUUUUUUAUUUUAAUUUGCAUCAAAUAUUACUUAAGUACCUAAAUAGUAUAUAAGUUGGUAUUUGUCUAAUGUUAUUGAAAUAUUUUAUAUUCAUUCACCGUAACUGAAUAUUAACUCAAAUUUUUGUACCUAUACAGAAAAAUGUAUGUAAGAACUUUAAAACAAUUUAAAACCCAUAAAAGACUUGUUCAUUUAAUAUCUAUUCUGUAGUUCUACAACAUCUGAGUAGACAUUUGUGCUAUAUUUAAAUAUAAUAUAUCAGUAACAUUAAAGACCUAGGUAUACAGUCAUUUUGACAAAUACCUAGGUUUACUAAAUAAUUUCUUCUAUAUAGGUGACAUAAGCGGUAUGAUUUAAUUUAUAAUAGUGUUAAUUAUAUAAUUAAUUUUUUUGUGCCCAAGUCCAAGUGUUCAAACUAAAUUUCUUCAAUAUUAAUUAGAUAGAUUGAUGGUUAAAAUUUCAUUGAAUAGAUUAUUAAUUUAUUAUUUUCUUAAAUGUAGAAUGGUUUUUAUAUAUUCACUUAUUUUUGUGUUAGGUAAUUUAAUAUUAUAUUGAUGUUAAUUUCAUCUACAGACUUCUAUUAAAUCUGAAAUAUAUUGUGUAGAUUUACUAUUACAAAGUAAUAGGGUUAUGAUGAUUGUUAUAUUUAUUUUAGUUUUAUUUCUUUUAAUAUUAAAUUGAAGUGGGCCAGCAUUUAUAAGUAUUAUAUUAUGUUAUUUUUAGAUCUAUAUUAUUUUAAUAAAUAUGAAAUUUAUUAAAACUGUGUUUGUUUGAAGUACUGUUUGAUCAAAAAAUAUUGUAUUAUUAAUAAUUGCAUAUUAUAAUUUUCAGGGUGAUAUGGAAGCAAAAUUAAUUGACGCCAAAGAAAAAUUAGUCAUCAUCGAUUUCUUUGCCAAAUGGUGUGGCCCAUGCAAAUUAAUUGCUCCAUUCAUCGAGGUAAACAAUUGUAAUAAAUAUUCAUUAUUCUUAAAGUUGUACACAUAAAAUAGAAGUCAUGCAGAUAGUGGUAAAAAUUAAAAUAAUUUUAAAUGUAUGGAAGCGUCUACCUAUAUUUGUAGGUAGAUUUGGUUAAGAAGUCUGUUUUUCGUGGUAUUAGAAUUAUUACAAACAACCGUAUUAUAACAAUUGAACAACUAUGUUCAAGUCUAAUUAGUAACUAGGUACUCACACAUACCUAGGUUGUUUGUCAACUGGUUUGCACAAUAUGUAGCACUCAUUUGUUAUAUUGUACAUCUUAUUUUUUACAUUAUCCAUCUGUCUACGUAGUUCUGGUUUGGCAUAUGUACUGGAAUGGAGAUUAUCAGAAAGGCUUGAUGACAAUAGAUAGCGUAAAGAACAAUAUUUUAAUACUUUUAUCAUAAUUUAAUAAAUUUAUAGGAAUUGGCUAACGAUAAUCCUGACGUAGUAAUGCUGAAAGUUGAUGUUGACGAAUGUGAAGAAGCAGCAAUUCAAUACAACAUCCAAUCCAUGCCCACAUUUGUCUUCAUAAAGUCAAAUAAAGAGGUAAAAUUUAAAUUUGUUGUUAUAUAAGUUAUAUUUAAGUUAUAAGUUACAUUUAUAUUGUUCAUUUAAAAUUUAUUUCUAUUUCUUUUAUAGGUCAUUAGAUUUUCUGGUGCCAACAAAGAUAAAUUAAAGGAAUAUUUGGUGGAAUACAAAUAAUAUCAAAAUUGACUUCAACCAUAGUCCUGUUCAUGGGCCGACCUGCAUAUAACUUUUUCUCUUUUUUUUUUUUUACGAUAAACUGAAAAUAAAUUUUAUAUUGUCAUAAAUUAAAAUAUUUCUGUUCAAUUUAUACAAUAUAUUUUGAAAAAAAGAAGAACAAAUGCUAUUUAAAUAUUAAUAAUUUACUCAUAAUUUAAUGAUUUAUAUACAGUCAAGUUAUGCAAAUGAAACAGGAAUGUAUAUCUAAUAUUUUACGUACUUAUUAGAAUAAAACACAUUUUAAUUGCAAAGAACUGUAUCAAUAAAUUUAAAAUCGUGAACUAUUUUGUCUCUGUAAUAAUUUCCCACACUACUUUAACUAUAGAAGUAUUUUAAAUGGACUUGUUUGAUUUAUUAUCUAUUGAUGAAUAGCCAUUUCUUUGUUUGUUAUUGCCUUGCUUUCUUUGGCACGUUCAUUUGAAUAUUAUAUAUUAUUAUUCCAAUGUAAUUUUCUGAGUGAUCAGAAUAUUGAACAUAUAAAACUGCACUAUAUUUUUAUUAUUGAUAAGAGGGGAUAUCACACGUACAUAUUGAAACUUAUUUUCAAAUAAUGGGUUUUACUCAGACUUCCAUGAUUUUAUGCCUUUAAAAUUAAACUUUGAAAAAACUAAAAUAUCUUGCCAGAGAUUAUGUUUUUAAUCUUUUUCGCCAUUUCCUUAAUCCCAAUUAUUUGGGUUGACUAAAAUUAUUGUAAACUUACAAUUGACUUGAUUUCCCACCUUGUAUACACUGGCUGUUCUCAUAUCAUUAACAAUUGCAUUCAACCACC